GGCGGUGGCGGCGGCGCUGUCUGUUCACCGGCUGCUGAGGGCGGGAUGGCGGAGCGGGCGGACAGCAGCAACAGUAGUAGCAACUGCUCCAUGGGGGAGGUGGGCGGUGCGGCGGCGGCGGCGGCAGCAGCAGCUGGCGGUGGGAUGGACGACUGCUCGUUUGCGGAGACGGACGACUGCACGACCCGCCACCUGGCGCUGACACUGCGCGUGGACUUCCCGGGCCGGCGGUUGGAGGCGCGCGCCGCGCUGACGGUUGAAGCCCAGCGGGACGGGCUGACGCGUGUGAUUUUGGAUACGAAGGACCUUAAAAUAAUCAAAGUGAUUGCCAAUGGAGUUGAAGCAGGAUUUUCGCUUGGAGAUGCUCAGGGUUUUAAAGGAAGUGCCUUGACGAUUACCCUUCCUUUUGAAUUGCUUCGAGGCCAGCAGGCUGUGGUGGAGGUUUCAUAUGAGACAUCACCGGUAGCAUCAGCUUUGCAGUGGCUUACUGCUGAACAAACAGCUGGGAAGAAACAUCCGUACUUGUUCAGCCAAUGUCAGGCAAUACAUUGCAGAAGUAUGGUUCCUUGCCAGGACACGCCAUCUGUGAAAAACACUUACUCUGCACGGGUAUCUGUUCCAAAAGAACUAGUGGCUCUUAUGAGUGCUAAUCGAGAUGGAGAAUUGCCUGAUGACCUCGAUGCGAGCAGGAAGAUAUAUUGUUUUCAGCAAACAGUUCCAAUACCAAGCUACCUGAUUGCUCUGGUGGUAGGAUGUUUGGAAUGCAGAGUGAUUGGUCCAAGGUCUCGCGUCUGGUCAGAGAAAGAGAUGGUGGAUGCUGCUGCAUGUGAAUUUACAGAGACGGAAACCAUGCUGAAAACUGCUGAAAACCUCGUCGGAGCUUAUGUGUGGGGACAAUAUGAUCUUCUCGUCCUUCCUCCCUCAUUUCCAUAUGGUGGAAUGGAGAACCCAUGCCUCACCUUCGUAACACCAACUCUGCUGGCUGGUGAUAAAAGUCUUUCUAAUGUAAUUGCACAUGAAAUCUCCCACAGCUGGACAGGAAAUCUGGUCACCAACAAAACUUGGGAGCAUUUUUGGUUAAAUGAAGGCCAUACAGUGUACCUGGAACGCAUGAUAUGUCGGUGCAUGUUUGAGGAGCAAAGCAGGCAGUUUGUAGCGCUUGGAGGUUGGAAGGAUCUACUGGAAGCAGUUAAGACUUUUGGUCCGACUAAUCCUUUGACCAGUCUAAUUCCUGAACUCCGUAACAUUGACCCUGAUGAUGCAUUUUCAUCAGUACCUUAUGAAAAGGGAUUUGCUUUGCUUUAUCAUUUGGAGGAGCUACUUGGAGGGCCAGAAAUCUUCAUGGGGUUCCUCAAGUACUACAUUCAGACUUUCGCCUACCGCAGCAUAACCACGGAAGACUGGAAGAAUUGCCUGUGUUCAUAUUUUUGUCAUAAGACUGAUGUGUUGAAUCAAGUUGACUGGAAUGCAUGGUUCCAUUCUCCUGGGAUACCGCCAUUCACACCGCAUUACGACACCACUUUGGCUGACUCUUGCAGAUCCCUCUGUAAACGGUGGAUCGCAGCAUCUGAUUCUGAACUGAACUGCUUUAGUGACAAGGAUCUGAUUAAUAUGUCAUCUCAACAAAAGAUUGAAUUUCUUGCUCUUUUACUGUUGGAGCCUCCACUGCGACUCAACAGUGUGAAAAGAAUGCAAGACCUUUACAAAUUUAACAACGUCAAAAAUGCGGAGAUAAAAUUCAGAUGGCUGAGAUUAUGCCUCCGAAGUCAUUGGGAGAAAGCCAUUCCUCUUGCUCUGGAAAUGGUUACUGUGCAAGGCAGAAUGAAGUUCACUCGACCACUUUACAGGGAACUAUACAACUUUGAAAAGGCUCGUCAGCAAGCAAUUGAUACCUUUAAGACCAACAAGCCCACCAUGCAUCCGAUCACAGCUGCUCUUGUGGCCAAGGACCUCCACCUCGUCUGAUCAUUGACUACUACCACAUUUGCAGCUUUUUGGAUUAAAAUUCAAAAUAAAGCACCUUGAUUAUCUAGAUACUUCUAAUCACAAAAUUAUGAUCAAAUCAUUUGUUGAUUCCAAUCCGUUUCCACUUAGUUUAAAGUGGAAUAGAAUUGUUCUGAAAGCAGUCUUGAAAUCUAUUGUUUUACGAAAUAAGUUUGAAAUAAAAUUCUUCAUUGUU